AUCUGUUCUAACUUUAUUUUUCUGCAUGUAAACAAACUGAUUCAUCCUCGUGUUUCUGUCUCAGGUCGAGUGGUGGUGAAAGAAGACAGUGAUGCUGUGUUACCGUGUUCCCUCAGCACCAAGGAGAACAUCGAGACGAAGCUGUUUGACUGGAAGAAAGACGAUCACAAGGAGGUGUUCAUGUACGACGGAGGAGAUUAUUACGGUCACGGCCUUUCAGGUCAAGACAAACAGUUUGAAGGUCGAGUCUCACAUUUUAACGACGAGCUGAAGAACGGUAACGCCUCCAUAAAGAUCAGGAAGACCAAGGUGGCCGACAGUGGAAACUACACCUGUUUUUUUCCUCGUCUGCGGCCGAGUCAAAUGUUCCACAUUGAGCUGGUUGUUGAACCCGUCUUUAAAGAUCGCUCAGGAGAAAACCCAGCUGCAUCUCCAGAGCCGUACACCAGGACACUCAAUCAAACUCAGGACUGGGCGCUCCUGCAGUGUGAAGUUCUAGGUGCUUCUCCAGAACCUAAAUUGGAGUGGCAGGACAGUUCUGGAGACCUCCUUCAUGCUGAAGAGACACAGCGGUCCAUCACAGGAGGAAAAUACGACCUCACCAUUCAAACCAAAGUGACCAAGAGGGGGGAUUAUCACUGUGUGCUCAAACAGGAGGGAAUCCACCAUAACAUAUCUGCCAAGACGUUUGUCUUCAUCAGUGCUGCAUCUCCAGAGCCGUACAUCGAAACACUCAAUCAAACUCAGGACUGGGCGCUCCUGCAGUGUGAAGUUCUAGGUGCUUCUCCAGAACCUAAAUUGGAGUGGCAGGACAGUUCUGGAAACCUUCUUCAUGCUGAAGAGACACAGCGGUCCAUCACAUACGACCUCACCAUUCAAACCAAAGUGACCAAGAGGGGGGAGUAUCACUGUGUGCUCAAACAGGAGGGAAUCCACCAUAACAUAUCUACCAAGACGUUUGUCUUCAUCAGUGAGAAAGUCUCUGAGGACUCAUCUGUCAAAGUCCUCAACGGAUGGAUCGGAGGAAUGGCUGUUGGAUUGGCUGUUGGAUUGGCUGUUGGAUUGGCUGUUGGAGCUGUAGUUCUAACUUUGACUCUAUGGUGCUGCCCAGCCCUCCGUUACAGAGUCAUAGACUUCUUAUCUCAGCUGAAACCUCAACGGAAUAAACCUCAGAAUGGGAACGUUACUGAAUCUACCAUCAUGAUGGAUCCUGUUAAACGUGAUGAACUGGAGCAGAAUGGAUAUAGCUGAGUUUGGUUCUCCUGGUUCACAUCGGGAUUCAGGAAUCUCUUUCACAUCAUCCAUGUGAUAACUGAGGUUCACUUUUAUGCACACACACAUUUCAACGUAACAGCUGAACAGCAUGGACAUGUUCUGUCUCUUAAACGCUGACCAAUCAAAAUGUGCCUUUUGAUAUCAAGUUUUUAAAAAAGUGUUAAACUUUUAUACGAUAAACAUGAAAAAUGUUAUAUGAACUUUUUAAAACACUUAAUAAUAACCAUCAUCAAUAAAGGGUAAAUUGAUAUUUAAUUAACUUUAAUAAUGAUAUUAAUGUUAACAAAUAAUGAAAUGAUCGUUUAUAAUGUUUACUAAUUAUUUGUGAUGCUUUAAUUGACGUUACAGUUUAUUGUUGCACACAUUAAUUUGUACACUUUAUAAAGUGUUUGUUAAUGAUUUGUAAACCUUUAAGAGAUGGUUUAUAAAACAUCUAUAAACAUUAGAGAUACAUGGAGCACAUAUUUGUUCAUGCUUUAUGAAUAAUUUAUCACACGUUACGUUUACUUUGCAGAACAACUUUAGGACGCACUCACUCUGCAAAGUUGUCCCGUACCAUGCUUAAGCUCGAUUGCCCCCCCUCCCCAUUCCCCCGUCGGCCUGAGCUCACACUGCUCCAGGACUAACCGGGCCUGAGCACGGUAACGUCUUGAACAUAACGUCGUAAUACAACACAUGCAUGACUUUAUGUUGUUAUGAAGUGUGCACACUCCGGGAUUUCUCUGCGGCUACUUUUCCCCGCUCCUCUCCCUGCACAGAGCGCCAGCCACAACGCACACCUGUUUACUUCUAGUUCAACAGAACACAGUGGGUCCGGACGUCUUUACUCUGUUCACUGUCACUGUGUCUGCAGCUAACUUAGUGAUAGCAUCAUCUUUCUACAGCUUUACAAACCAAUUAUUGACAUGAACAAAUAUGUGCUCCAUGUAUCUCUAAUGUUUAUAGAUGUUUUAUAAACCAUCUCUUAAAGGUUUAUAAAUCAUUAACAAACACUUUAUAAAGUGUAUAAAUUAAUGUGUGCAACAAUAAACUGUUAACAUAACAUCAGUUAAAGCAUUACAAAUAAUUAGUAAACAUUAUAAACGAUAAUUUAAUUGUUUGUUAAGUUAAUUAACUAUCAAUUUACCCUUUAUUGAUGAUUUUAUUAUUAAGUGUUACCAAACUUUUUAACUGGUUGAUCAGUCUUCCAAUGGUACGACUGUUUGAAUAUGAACUCCAAACAAAAUCAGUAAAGCAGAUUUUAUUAUCUGUUAUUUACAAAUUGAUGUCACUGCCUUGGAUGACCAACUAAUCUCAUCAACAUCUCAUUACGUUUUUCAUGUAUUUCGUUUACUGCCAAAGACAUUCAGUAUGAAUAUUAUGUUCAUGUUACAAAAGCUCAGGACUUUAAACCUUAAACUAUCAGGUACCUGUUAGACUAGAACUUUCUGGAUGUGCACAUAUAGGCUGUUGUUAUCUGUGUGUAGUUUUUAAUAGAGCCAGAUGUAGAAACUGAAUCAUGUGAAUGCUGUAGACUUUAGAUGCUGACUCAUCCACAUUGCAGCAGGCUGCUCGGUGCUCGCUUUAGUUUUCUGUCCCGACUGAAGUUAGAGACCGUAAACAAACUCCAAUCAACCAAAGUAUUCUCUAACUUUCCAUCUUUUCUGUUUUUUCUUUUAAAGAGCCCUUAUUCUGCCCUUUUUGGGGUUCGUAUAUUUAAUCUAUGUACCUACUUUUGUACGUUCACAAUAGCUAAAGUCCGAAAAAAGUGUCUGUUUUCAUGUACUGCUCCUCCUUGCUCCCUCUCCGCUCUGAGUCCGUCAGCUGCACUCUGUUGAGCCCACACUGUUAGACCCCACGUGGGCCAAGUCUACUCUGAUUGGUCUGCCGAUCCGCUCUGUCGUUAUUGGUCAGUCACUCAGCACGGUUCUCGGAAGUGUCCCGCCUCUUUUACCAUAUUGGGAAUGCAGCCACUGCCUCCGUCCGAGGGGAGCAUAAACAUUAGCACCUUAGCACUACUGUGCUACCGCAGGCUACGGCAUAUCGUGGGCGUGCUACAGAAGUUAACGGGCGUACAACAUGAGCUGCAGGGCCACAACGAGCCAAUGGGCUUAGAUCAGUGAUCUCACACUGACAAUGACGUCGGACUGACACAUUUUUGUCAAGGGGGGCUAGAACCGAGCGUUACAUGCAGCUAAUGCUACAGCUAACAGGAGGACGAAGGAGAAUCUGUGUUUCCGCGGACUUUGAAUUUUUGCACAUAGAUGUGACUAAACAUGCACAGGACACUUGGAAAACACACUAAAGAGCAAAUAAAACCAGAAAAAGAAGAAUAUGGGACCUUUAAAGGAGCCAGCCAUGUUCAAAAAGAGGCAUUAAGAGUUGAUAAAUUACGUGUUGGCGAGAUGGAUUAAAGUUGGUCAUAAGCAUUUAUAGUCCGAUGAAGCUAGGGAAGAAAGCAACACUGUAAUAAAUCUUUAAUAAUAUAAUUAAAGGUGAAUGUAGUUUAUGAGAGCAGACACAUUAGUUUGUGGUUUAAGAUCUUAAAACACAAACGUGAAGAUAUGUGCUGCCUCUUUCUCCACUUUAACUUAAAUGAUUUGCACUCAGGCUUUAGUUUCUGUUGGCUUGUUUUCUGCUUUGUCAUUUUUCUGUGUGAUAAAAGUGAACAUAUUUAUUUGUCUAUAGGAAGUUUGUGUUUUGUUUCUUUCUGCCACAUUAUCUUGUUUUGUCUGUUUUAUUUACCUGGUAGGAAAAAAGUGAAUGGUAUUGUUUUUAAGAAGUUUAAAUAAUGUACAAAUAAAUGAGGUUUUUUAAGUCA